CUGGUACAUUCCCCUAAAAGAAAAAGAUAACCUGGGUACCUAGUAGGAUCGUCUCCGAUAAUGCGAUGCCAACGCCACAAAGGCGCGUACGCACGCACACACACAAAGAGCAAGUGAAGCAGUAACGAGCAACUAACAUGAAGGGUAGCACCACCGCCGUGGUGCUGAUGGUCUCAGUCUCACUGGUGGCCCUUCUCCUUGCCGGCGGUGCCGGCGCCGACGAGUCCAUCAUUCGCCUCCCCGUCGGCCAGGGCGAAGACGCAGUGACGGAGGAGACGAGGCCGUGGGACUGCUGCGACCGGCCAGUGUGCACCCGCUCCGACCCACCCCUGUGCGGCUGCAAGGACGUGGUGCAGCAGUGCUUCGCCACCUGCAAGAGCUGCAAGCCGGCGAAGCGGGCGGACGAGUCGGCCCCUUCCGGCUACAUGUGCCGGGACGCCUACCGUGGCUACCCCGGGCCCAAGCGCAUGCUCUGAUUCCGAUGCCUAUAUAUUUGUUGUUCCAUGUGAUCGGUUCGACGGUGCUAGCUGCUGCGUGCUGUCUAGUACUAUUAUGCAAGCUCAUGUAUGGUGUGCUACCUUUCUGGCAGCGUUGAAUAAGAUUUUCUAUGAAUAAGAGUGUUAAUUUUGUUUAA